AUGGCGUCUAGCUUGUUUGAGAAAGCGAAAUUCAAGACCAGAAAGUUAUUGCGGCCCCCUCCCCAAGAAUCCUCCUCGGAGAUGAGCAGACUCUAUCGCCCCCUAGAUGAGAAUAGUGACGAAAUUCGACUUCUCACGCUCCUACCAAAGUCACGCAAGACCGGCGUCCCUCAUUGCACCCUAGAGACCUACUCUCUCAAAGCAUUCACCCCACAAUACCUCCACUUCCUAUCUACCUCAGGAGUCGCCAACUUAGAAAAGCGGAGGACUACGUCGCAGUGGAUACGAAGCCGAAUCGCUCCUGAGCUCGCAGGUUUAGCGCCUCUCAACCGAAUACACUCUACGCAACCGCCAUCAAGCCAAUACCGCUUCCAGUGGGGCGACUAUGCUGCUCUCUCCUAUGUCUGGGGAGAUGAGCAUGACAAUUGUAUUAUCGUCCUCAACGAACAGCCUAGGCGAGUGACUUCCAAUCUUGCCAAGGCUCUCUCAGCAUUUCUUCAAGAUGGAGAGUUUGAAGAUGGCUUCAAGCUUUGGGUCGAUGCCAUCUGUAUCAACCAGCAAGACUUGGGCGAGCGUGCGCGACAGUUGCGUAGGAUGCGAGACAUUUAUGGUUCUGCAUGGGCCGUGAUUGCGUGGCUGGGAGAGGCGAGCUUCCGGAGCAGCUCGGCUAUCCAGCUUGUUCGCGACCUCUCCGCUCUCGGCGAAACUGACUGUGGCAGCCAGAUUGAAGCCUGCUUGCGGAGUGAUCCCGACUACCUUGGAAAUGGCUGCUGGUUGGCAAUGCAUGAUUUGAUGAAGCGUCCGUACUGGUACCGCCUCUGGAUCAUCCAAGAGAUAAUUAUGGGCGCUUCGGCAACAUGGAUCCGAUGCGGGACUGUUUCUAUAGACUGGACGUCCUUCUGUGCCGGAAUCUCCUUCCUCGAGGAGAAUCUGUGGCUCGUCAAAGAUGAACUACUCAUAAAGGAGCGUCUCGCAGCGACAUCAGAGAAUGGCCCAGCUUGGUCUGUCAUGGGCAUCCAUCUCGUCUAUCAAGACCUCUCGCCCUUGAGUGACCGUGAAGAAAAUGGUGGACAGUACCCCAGCUUUGGAAGGCUCCUUGAUAUUUCCAAUACUGCGGAAUGCUCAGAUCCCAGGGACAAGGUAUAUGCACUUGUCGGGUUGAUGUCUGUUGCUGUGGCUGAUAGCCUGCAGCCCGAUUACACCCUUCCCGUGCGCCAUGUCUAUGCCGCUACAGCUAGAACCUUCAUCCAAGUUGAAGAUAAUUUGGAACCUAUUCGCGAGGGUAAUCCUUGGGGACCGUCCAACGCUCCGUCGUGGGCUGCCGACUGGUUGUGGAAAGGCCGGCUUAGAUCGUCGCGGACUGAGAAUCAGCUAUGGGGUCCGACGCGGUUCUUUCCGCGACUUGGGCCCAAUGAUUCGUCUCAUAUAACUUACUGUGCUAGUGGAGGCACUAGGCACGAUGCUUCGUUCUCCAGCGAUGGAUCCUUACUCACGUGUAGUGGGUUUAUCGUCGAUAGCAUUUCUGGACUUUCCGCUAGAGGGAGGGGCUAUUUCUACUGGGAUAAAAACACCAUUGUUCAGCCUGUCCAAUGGAACAGCGUCUAUGGCGACUUCAAUGCGACUGCUGCGGCCUUUUACCGUACUCUUGUGUUGGACAGAGUUGCUGGGGGAGGGAAGGCCACUGCUCGUCACGCUGCCAUCCUCCAUCUACCUCGCACAUUCAGACGAGGCGCGCAAGAAUUCACAAAGCGGGGAUGGGGCUGGCUGGCUGGACAGGCAGGGUACUACUUCCGAUGGGAGGAAUUCCGUUCCAUGAACGCUGGCUUUCAAUUAGGCUGCCACCGACUCGACGACUUCUUCCAUGACGAAAUUCCCCCGGAUGCAUCUGAAUUGGACUACAGCGAAGUGUAUUCGUGUUUUGACAGGGCCUCCCAGAAGCGAAGGUUCAUGACGACUACAAAUGGUUACAUUGGCUGGGCUCCUGAUAACAUCUUCGGUAAGGAUAGUGAACAGACUAGACCGGGCGACAUGGUCGCUGUGCUGUUGGGCUGCAGCACCCCAGUUGUCAUCCGUCGGUCAUUGGCGAGGCAUAUGUCCAAGGGUUGA